UUUAGUGAUUGUGCGCUCUACAACAACUCACAAGACUUCGAUAUCAUGCUCAAGUUUGGCGAGCACAAGAUCUAUGCCCACAAAGUCGUGUUGCGUAUGUGGUCGCCGUUCUUCAGUAACACGUUCAAGUCACGAUUCGCUGUAUGGUUCCCUCCAGCUACUGGUUAUGUUUCCUCGUCGGAGUCUGACUGCCUUCAGGUGGCCACAAACCCUGUCUUUCUACUCGAUGAUCAGGAUGACAACUUCGAAGCCGUUUCUGCGAUGGUGAAACAUAUGUACGGCAUGUCGUACGGCAAACACUCACUCAACACCGACAGAAUCGGGCAUAACGACGAUUACAUAUUGGACUGGGAUCAAGUGCUAAACCACCAGCUCGCUGUCUAUACUGCAGCAGACAAGUACGACUGUCCUGCCGUUCGUAGAGCGGCCCUCGAACUCAUA